ACUGGUUCUGCCGUGGGGCACUUUUCCUGGCCCUCCCCCAUGAGUAAGGCCUGCCUAUCCCUGGAGGACAGAGCCAGGGCUCAAGCUUUCCUCUAAUUCUCCAUUAUUUAAGGAGGCCCCCCCAUCCUUUAAGGAUGUCUUGGGAGCGAGUGAUGUUUCUCUCAAGGGGAGUCUUUUUGCUGACAUUCGGGGGCUGAGCAGAUGGGAGGGGUAUUUUUGUGUAACUCUUCUCUGGCUACGUUACCAGGAAAAGGAACAAUACAGUCAAAGUUAGAGAAAUUCAUGCCUUGAGUAAGCUCUCUUGUUCGUCUUUUUAGGGUUUAUCCUUGAAGCUCCAUUUGUAAAGAUUAGUAAGUUCUCUGUGCACUUUAAACCAAAUCCCAAUUUUAGUUUAGUUUUUAUUUUUUUGACAAAGAAAGUAAUGUUUUCUGAGUUUGGUGUAUCCAAGUUAAAUUUUCAGAGAGGUAUGGGUAUCCUAGUAAAGGGGAUUGAGAAAAGGAUUAAAAUAUGUCUGUGAAGUGGUUGAUAUUUUUCUUCUUCAUUGCUUUUUAGACGAAGCCAACUUGGUUUUAAAAGUUUGAGUUAAUGACUUUAUCACGUAAUGGUCGCACAGUCCUUGAGUUGAACUGCCUUCAUUUAUAAGAGAGUUUAGUUUUUCUGAUGUCGGGUGAUGAUUUCCGUAUCUCAUCACAGAACAGAAUAUUUACAAAUUAUUUUGACUGGGUCUUCAACACACUCCAAAAUAGCUGACUCAUGAAAUGAAAAUAGGACUUAGAAGUUAUUUUGAUUUCUAUGUUAGCCUCAUUUAUUCGUGAUAAAUUGAAGAAAGACAAACUUCAAUUCAUAAUAGCUGGAAUAGGGGGGAAGGAGUUCUGAAUUAUUGAAGAGUCUAAAAAACUGAAUGUUCUUCAAGAAAUUCGAUCUCAAGGGCUACAGAGCAACAUGAAAGGGCUACAGAGCCCACCGAUUACCUAAAGAUCGUGUGGACUCUUACCAUAGAGAAAUCUCACUGAAAUUAGUAGCUUGUAUUUGCUAUACACAGUUACAGGAAUGCACUAGCGUCCUUGAAAAAGUUCACUCUUUUUAAGAGGAAGACUUUAUUUACAUCCGCCAAUUUUCUUUCUAGAACUUUCAGCCCAAACUGAACUCGCCGAACUAGAUUAAACAUUUUAGUAUCCAUGCUUCUUUAAAUCUGCCAAUUUCAAAGCAUUUUACAAACACAUACAGGCGUACCUCGUUGUAUGGUGCUUCUCAGAUACUGCAUUUUUUUUUUUUAACAGUUGAAGGUUUGUGGCAACCCUGCCUCAAGCAAGUCUGUUGGUGCCAUUUUUCCUACAGCAUUGGCUCACUUCAUGUCUGUGUGUCACACUUUGGUAAUUCUCACAAUAUUUGCAACUUUUUCAUUGUUACUAUAUUUAUUCUGAUGAGCUGUGAUCAUGGAUGUUACUACCACCAGUGGCUGAAGGCUCAGAGGAUGGUUAGCAAUUUUUAGCAACGAAGUAUUUUUUACUUAAGGGAAGAUCUGGCUUAUCUGUAUGGUGCUGCUGAGGAUGGCGGUGCUCAUCCUGGCCGGGUCGCCGGUCUACCAGGAUGAGCAGGAGAGGUUCGUGUGCAACACUCUGCAGCCCGGAUGCGCCAACGUUUGCUACGACAUCUUCGCCCCCAUGUCCCACCUGCGGUUCUGGCUGAUCCAGAGCGUGUCUGUUCUCCUUCCGUCCGCGGUCUUCGGUGUCUACGUGCUGCACAAAGGAGCCGAGCUGGCGGCCCGGGGAUCCCGCUGGCUGGAUCCUGACUCGGAGGACCACGACGGCCCUGAACCGGCCCCGGGGGCCAGGCGCUGCCUGACGGUGCCGGACUUCUCCUCGGGCUACGUGGUCCACCUCUGCCUCCGGACCCUGACGGAGGCAGCUUUCGGUGCCCUGCAUUACCUCCUCUUCGGGGUCCUGGUCCCCAAGAGAUUCUCGUGCCUGCACCCUCCUUGCACCAGCGUGGUGGACUGUUACGUCUCUCGGCCCACGGAGAAGUCCAUCCUGAUGCUUUUCGUCUGGGCGGUCUGCGCGCUGUCCUUGCUGCUCAGUGUCGCCGACCUGGUCUGCAGCGUGCGCUGGAAGACGCGCAGGCGACACGGCGGGGCCCGGAGGAGGCCGUGUCAAGGGGCGGGGAGUGCGGCGCGGGAGGGACACGGGGCGCACGGGGGACGUGGGGCGCGCGCUCGCCGGGGCCUGCGGACUGGAGGGCAGGGCGCGUACAGCCCCGCAGCGGAGCCCACCGAGCCGGGGCACCCGGAGCUGCCAGGGGAGGACGAGAGCGACGCGCUGUCCUCAGCCAGCGACCAGCCGCGCGGGGCCGGGCCAGGAGCGGCGGCCCCGGGGUGGGAGGAGCGGCCCUGCGCGCCGAGCGACCCGCUCCCGGGCCCCAGCAAGUCCGAGUGGGUGUGAGCGGCCGGCGUCCCGCCCCGGGAGCGCGGCGACCAGGACCGAGAACAUCGACCCGCAGAAAGGUGAGCUGGCGGGACAGACCGACUUCCCGAGAGGCUCCGGUGCGGCGCAGCGGGGAUUUAAUUUAGAUGAAGCUCUGGGGAGCACUGCGCUUGGCGGUCGAGUGCGGUGGAAGCUCCAAGGAUUAACCGGCGAGCAUCGGGUCCAUGAGUCUGUCGCACUCCAGUUCCACUGUCUUAUUUUACCGCAGCAUGGGCUUGAAAAGCACGUUCUUUGGAUUUACAGAGCUCACGAAUAUUUUAAUGUUUUCGGGUGAAUUAUUUCGACGGUUUGUUGUUGUUGUUUGUUUUGGUUCGGUUUUCUGCUUAGCCAAAAAGGGCAUCUGUUAUGCACGGCAUCCACAGAGGGAUAUUAGUUUAAGUUCUCCAAACCCCUUUAAUAAAAUUAAUGCUGUUUGCGUUGCCCUAUCACACUUCCUACUUCACUGUGUUAAAGGAGAAACCACAAAUGCAGGAAAUAUGACUAAAAACUUUGGGGUCUUUUGGGGGGCAUCUUGGGUUGUUAUUGCGUGUGGGUGUGAGGUGCACAGGAUGAAGGGUGGCCGCUGGCUGGCUUUAGCGUCGCUGGGCUCUUGGCUGGGUGGCUGUCCUCACUGAGCAGAGCAGGGCACUCUGGCUGCUGAUGACAGGCCUGGAGUUGCCACAGGGCUUCCAGUGCCGGCUCUGUGUCCUUGAGACGGUCAUACAGUUAGGGCUGCCCUGAGGGUCUUCAUGUCCCAGGGGAGCAGGUGAGGAAUGCCGCGGGUGUUCCAGCCUUGUGGUCUGUGCUGAUGCUCCGGCGGGGGCGGGGGGGUACCCUAGAGACACAACAGCCUCACCUCUCAGGGGAGCCUCUCUGCUCUCCUCCGCUCGCCCUGGUUUCGGUCCAGGUGCUGUCCAGUUGGAGCGUGAGUCUGUUAGAGCUUCCGUGCUGCCUUCAGCUGCCACGAGGAAGACACAGUGCAGCAGAAAGACGGGGUAAGCCUGCUCCUCUUCUGGCGAGGAAGAGCCACUGGGUGUCCCUCCAGAACAGAUGAAGAACCUCUGGUCCCCAAACCCCCAACGCUGAGGAAGAGGAACUGCCCUCCAUGCCAGCAAAUAGUAAAAAAAAAAAAAAAAAAAAAAAAAGUGAACCA